AUGUGGCCACUGCGUAAAAGCUAUAUAUAGUAAUAUCUGUCAAAGGUAAAUAAAGGUGAAGUGUUUGUAAUGACACCAAUUAAUCUCUCAGUUUACUGCAACUCAAAGAAAAUUGCUGAGUGAGGAAAAGAAAGCCGUAAUGAAAACGUUUUAGUAAUGGUUUGUGCUGUACAAUUUAUUCUCGUGCUGCAAUGUGCACAAAUCUAACAGGACAAGAUUUUGUAUUGAGUCGUGAAACAUAAUUAAAACAGGGCGCAGUGGCAGAGAUGGAAUCGUUUUUAGAUUUGUUUAACACGGAUAAUAGUAAUUCAAAAUUCAAAAAAUUAUCAUUGGAUAAGUAUGAAAAUGAAGAUAUCGAUUUGUCAGAUUCAAACAACAGUACUUCUGAAGACAGCCGAGAUAGAUUACCUCCGGAACCAGAACAAGGAAAUAUUGAAUACAAAUUAAAACUUGUGAAUCCAUCUAAUCAGAGAUUUGAACAUUUAGUUACUCAAAUGAAAUGGAGACUUCAAGAAGGACAUGGAAAAGCAAUUUAUCAAAUAGGAGUAGAAGACAAUGGAAGAUUAGCUGGAUUAUCGAAAGAUGAAAUGAACGCUUCAUUAAAAACAUUAGAAGACAUGGCAACUCGCUUGGGUGCAACCAUUGAUAUUCUUAAAGAACGAUUUGCUUACCAUAAGUGCAAUAAUAAAAAAACAAAAACAAAAACAAAAAACAGGAUUGAAGAUAAGAAAGUAGCUGAAGUUUUAAUACGUAAAUUAAGAAGAGAUGACAAAGACGAGAAAUGUGUUACUGAUUUACGGCUAGCAGUUAUGGGUAGUCAAGAUGCUGGAAAAUCUACUUUAUUAGGUGUGUUAACCCAAGGCGAAUUAGAUAAUGGAAGAGGGAGAUCUAGAUUGAAUAUGCUCCGGCACUUGCAUGAAAUUAAGUCUGGCAGAACAUCUUCCAUUUCCCACGAAAUAAUAGGCUUCGAUAACAAAGGUCACGUUUUGAAUUAUGCUGAAAUGUCGACAGCAGAAAAAAUAUGCGAACAUGCUUCUAAGGUUGUAACAUUCAUAGAUUUAGCAGGACACAGAAAAUAUCUAAGAACAACAAUACUUGGAUUAACAGGAUAUUCACCUCAUUAUGUAAUGUUAGUUGUUGCUCCUCCAAUUAAUGAAGUUGUGCAGGAGCACGUUGCUCUGUGUUUGGCUCUUCAUGUACCAUUUUUUGUUGUUUUUACCAAAGUUGACUUAGGAUAUUAUAAUCCCCAGGAAACGCUUUCUGAAUUAAAAAGUAUUUCUACUUUUCAAGGUUGCCAUAAAAAUUUUUUACUUCACAAUAGUAGCAAUAAUAACAGUCACCAGGAUAGGCAAAAUAAUGAGUCAAAUGUCAUAUCGGUCUUCUCUGUUAGUUGUGUAACUGGAGAAGGAUUAAGUGACUUGAAAAAUUUUAUUAGAGACCUGGUACCUGUUGAAUUAUCCCCUCCUGAUUUAGAUCCUGACUCCUGCUUAUUUCAAAUAGAUGAAAUAUUCAGUGGGCACUUAAAAGAAAAGUUGCCAUUUUAUUCAUAG